CCUUCUCGCUUGUGAGUUUCUCUACAAAGAUGCUUUGUGGUGUGUACUACAGUAACAAGGGCGAGGCCACUGGGCAGCCCCAAGCGACCCAGCAUGAUUUCGAGGUUGAUUUCAAGCGUGGUGCCCAGCCAGCCCCACGUCACGCCACGCCACACCACGCCACGUCAGGCCACCUUUGCCUGGCAGCCUCGUCGCCAACUGCUGCUGAGUGCUUGGACUGGCCUCUGCAUGCAAAAGAAGGGGAAGUGCUUUCUCAGUUCUCACACCCCUCACCUCACCCCAUGCUUCUUAAUCAUCAAAUGUCUGACUGGAUCGAAACAAGCUGCAUUAGGGAAAGUCUCUUCUUCGAAAAGGGAUAUUUGAACACCUGGAAUGAUACAGUAAAGUUCAUUUUCACUGAAAUUCAGACCAGUCUGGGAACUGCUGCUGCAGAUUUCAGCGAUCCUUGCUCUGUUAAAAUAGAAUGGAAUCCUGCUAACCUUAACUUUUAUGAGGUCAUGUUAUGAAAAUUUGAUGCACAAGAAUAAAAGAAUGACCUUAAU